CUCUCACAGGACAGCUGCUGUUCUUUAGCUGAGAGGCCUGAGUAAGCCAUUUCACAAGAUGUGGGCCUCUCUGGGCCUCCUCCUGACGUCAGCUCUCUCUGUGGGAAAGGUGAUUGCUGAACGCUGCCCACAAAUCUGCACCUGUGAUGGCAUCAAGCAUCGCGUCAUGUGCUUAAAUAAGAACCUCACAGAAGUGCCCAUUAGCAUUCCUCAGAUCACUCAAAAACUGGACCUCCGGGGCAAUGAAAUCAAAGCAAUCCCUGCAGGAACUUUCCUUCCUAUUCCCUAUCUCACGCACCUGAAUCUUCAGAAGUGCCAGGUAGAACGUGUUGAUGAAGGAGCUUUCAGAGGAUUGGGGCGGCUGGUCUACCUCAAUUUGGCUUCUAACAACAUAGCCUUCCUCUAUCAGGAGUCCCUAGAUGGCCUAUCCUCUCUCCAGCAACUAAUCUUGGAAAAUAAUCGCAUUGAAGAAAUAAAGCCAGGGGCUUUUGGACAACUGGGUUUCCUCAGCUUUCUUAACUUAGCCAGGAACUCCCUGGUUUAUCUGCCAGAUAUGGUUUUUCAAGGCCUUCAGUUGAUUAAGUGGAUCAGUUUGUCCCAUAACACGCUCAACGUAAUUGCCAAUGAGGCCUUUGGGGGAUUAACAACCCUCAGGAGGUUGAGCCUGGACCACAAUGAAUUGCAGUUCCUUCCCACCGACGCACUGUCUAGAUUGUCAGGCACAAUCCGGCUGGAGAUAGGACACAAUCCUAUAACCUAUAUUGGCGAGGAGGCCAUUGAGAUGGCUUCACUGAAGCAGCUGUUCUUGGACAACAUGGCCCUCCAAGAUGUGUCACACAGAGCUUUCAUCAGAAGCCCACUCUUACAUACCAUUGACUUCCACAACAACCAGCUAUUUGUGCUUCAGCCCCUGAGAGAUAUGGCCCAUCUCAAAAAGAUCAACUUAACAGGGAACCCUGUGCUUUGUACUUGCAACAUGCGCCCCUUCAAAGAAUGGGCAGAGAAAGCCAGAAUUCACAUGGAUGUGGCAUGUGCUGGCCCUGUUGCCUUCAGAGGACAGCAGCUAGAAUCACUGAGGACAAGAAAUAUGAAGUGUAGAGGUCAAGGCUAUGAAGAAGAGCUCCUUGCCAGCCUGCCCACGCUCACCAAGGAGCUAGAGGAAGAUGCUCCAAAGUGCCCAGAAGGAUGUACCUGUUCACCUGAUUUCCAUCAUGCAAACUGUGAGAGCAGACAGAUGCAGAGUAUUCCCAAAGGGUUUCCUAGCAACACCCAUCUACUGGACUUGCGCCACAAUGAGUUCCAUUCCAUACCAAAAGGCUCCUUCCCUGGCUUGAAAAACUUAACAUCACUCCACUUGCAGAACUGCAAGAUAGCUGCAUUGCAGCCUGGUGCUUUCCAGAACCUGAAAAACCUGGUCUAUCUUUACCUGUCCAACAACAGCAUCACUUCCAUAGAUGCUGAUGUUUUCGAAGGAAAUAGCCAGCUAGCUUAUCUCUAUCUGGACCAUAACAGAUUCACCCAAACACCCAAGGGUGCCUUCAGCCUCUUGCCCAACCUCUUUUCCCUCCAUUUGCAACACAACUCCAUCCGUCAGCUAUCCGAUAAAGAUCUGGAAGGGAUGGAGAAGCUACGCUGGCUCUACCUGACAGGAAACCAUAUAACACAUGUGUCCCUCAAAGCUCUGCGUGGUGCCAAGAUGCUGGAGAAGCUGCACCUAGAUGAGAAUUUUGUGCAGGAAGUGCCCACCAGGUCCCUCAGAGAACUGCCCAACCUAAUUGAGCUGAAGUUGUCCAAGAAUCCAAUAAAAUAUAUCAGAGAUGGAGCUUUCCUUCCUGUUUCAAGAUCCCUGCAGCACUUGUACCUGGAUAAUAUGGGGUUAGAACAGGUUUCUUCUGGUGCCUUCACUGGGUUGGGUCCAAAGAUAAAAAGCCUGCACCUGGAGAAGAACAAAAUGCACAACUUGCCCACCCUGCGUCGCUUCACAGCUCUGGAGGUCAUCAAUCUGAGUGAUAUUCCUUUUUACUGUGACUGCCAACUUCUCCCACUACGCAAGUGGCUUGACAAGCUGAACCUGAGAGUAGGAGCCACCUGUGGGUCCCCAGCAGAUGUCAGGGGCCAGAAGGUGAAGCUCAUAACUUCCUUCCAAACCUGCCCAGCAUGGAGUACGAAGAAGGCCAAGAGAACCAGCUCACCUAAAGCCAGGGCUGGAAAGCGCUCUAAUAGGAAGCGGUCAUCAGGAAAUGUCCAAAUCAAGAGAAGCAAGAAAAGCAAAGCAUGAAAAGGGGAAGCGGGACUGCUGCUGCAGAUAUGCUUCUGAUCUUCUCAGCUAUUAGAAACAAAGGUUAGACAGUAUAUAUUCAAAACCCACCU